AAGACUCUUACAAAGAAUAUAUAUAAAAGAAUCAACUGAGAGGGAUCUAUUCUGACAUUGCGUUACUUUCUCUGGUAGUUUGAUGGAGAUUACUGUGACAUCCAUUGCCUUCUGCUUGGCUUUCGCUAUCAUUUCAGGGUGUUUAUGGACAGUGGCGAAUUGGAUUUGGUUGAGGCCAAAGAAGCUAGAGAUGUUAAUUAGACGACAAGGCUUCUCCGGAAAUUCGUACAAGCUGUUUCAUGGAGACAUGAAAGAGAUGUCGACGAUGAGAGUACAAGCCAGAGCCAAACCUCUCAGCCUCACCCAUGAUAUUUCUCCCAGAAUUGUGCCAUUCUUCCAACAUGUCAUCAACAAAUACGGAAAGAAUUCAUUCAUAUGGAUGGGUCCAAAACCAAGCCUAAACAUCACAGACCCCAAAUUGAUAAGGGAAAUUUUGUCCAAGUACGAAAUUUUUGAAAAACCAAAGAGUAAUCCACUAAGCAGGUUGGUUGUUCAUGGGAUGGUGAUGUAUGAAGGUGAGCAAUGGUUUAAAGUCAGAAAGAUUGCUACUCCAGCUUUCCAUCUCGAAAAGUUGAAGGAUAUGUUAUCAAAAAUGUAUUUGAGUUGUAAUGACAUGGUGAAGAAUUGGAAGACUUCAAUCUCAGGCAAAGACUACUGCGAGUUGGAUGUAUGGCCUCACAUUCAAGCUUUGACAGCAGAUGUUAUUUCUCGGACAGCAUUUGGUAGUAGCCAUCAAGAUGGAAGAAAAAUAUUUCAACUCAUAAGCCAACAGAUUAAUCUUUUUACUCAAGUUAUGCAGUCCGUUUACAUCCCCGGAUGGCGGUUUAUCCCUACAACAACAAACAGGAAAAUGAAAAGCAAUCACAAUCAAAUUAGAGCACUGAUAAAAGGGAUCAUAGAUAAAAAGGAGGCAGCCUUGAACGCUGGAGAAGCUAGCACAGACGAUGAUUUACUUGGUUUAUUAGUUGAAUCAAAUCACAGAGAAAUUAAAGAGCAUGGGAACAAGAAAAGAGGAAUGAGUAUUGAAGAGGUGAUUGAGGAGUGCAAACUUUUCUAUCUUGCUGGACAGGAGACUACUGCAUCCUGGCUCCUAUGGACAAUGAUUUUGUUAUGCAUGCAUCAAAAUUGGCAAGAACGUGCAAGAGAAGAAGUUUUCCAAGUUUUUGGGAACAAAGAACCACGGUUUGAUGAGCUGAACCAAUUGAAAGAAAUAAGCAAAAUUCUCCAUGAGGCACUAAGGUUAUAUCCACCAGCAUCUUUGCUAACAAGAAUUUGUCAUAAAGAGACCAAAUUGGGAGAAUUCAUGAUCCCAGUUGGAGUUAUAGUUUCAAUGCCGACAAUUCUAGUUCAUCAUGAUGAAGACUAUUGGGGAGAAGAUGCAAAGGAGUUCAACCCAGAUAGAUUUUCUCAAGGAGUUUCAAAGGCAUCAAAAAAUGGUCAAGUUUCGUUCUUCCCAUUCAGUUGGGGUCCUAGAAUAUGCAUCGGACAAAACUUUGCAUGGUUAGAAGCCAAACUAGCUUUUGCAAUGAUUCUGCAAAACUUCUCCUUCCAGCUUUCUCCAACUUAUGUACAUGCCCCAGUUCGUGGCAUAACCAUACAGCCACAACAUGGGGCUCACAUUAUUUUACACAAACUUUAGUAAUAAACACUUACCUAUCACAAUAAAAAAUACAGUUUGCCACAAAACCUUGUUUUUCUU